AUGGCGCUCCUGGGCCGGCCCGGACUGGGGCCAUUGCUGGUUGUGCUGGCCGCGCUGGCAGCGUCGGGGAUGACGAACCCCCCUGCUCGUCUGUUGACCCUGCUGUCCUCAGGCCAGGGCGCUCUGGACCGCGUGGGGCUGGGCGGCCUGUUAAAUACACUGGCGGCCCGUGUGCACUGUGCCGACGGGCCGUGUGGAAAGUGCCUGUCUGUGGACGACGCCCUGGCUCUGGGCAGGCCUGAGCAGCCCGAGGCCCCCUUGGGCCCGGCCCUGGAGCCUAGGCACAUCGCCCGCCUCAGUGCCGCCGCCGCCCUUUACCUCAGCGACCCGGUGGGCACCUGCGCCGAGGUCCGGGCUGGCCGCUGGGCUGCCCGCGCCGACCAGCUCCUGGUCCUGCUCAAGAGCCCUCAGGCCCUGAGCCCGGCCCUGACCAGGCUGCUGCAGCGGAUCCAAGCCCGCGCCGCUGGCCAGCCCGCUUCUCAGCAGGCCUGUGUGGACCUGCCUCAGCUGCUGGGGGAGGCGGCGGGGGUGGGGGCUCCCGGCAGCCCCGGCCCGGUGCUGGCUGCCCUGCUGGACCAUGUCAGGAGCGGCGCCUGCUUCCAUGCCCUGCCGACCCCCCAGUAUUUCGUGGACUUCGUGUUCCGGCAGCACAGCAGCGAGAACCCCAACAUCACCCUGGACGAGCUGGCGGCCUUGAUGGAGCGCCUGGGGCUGGGCGGAGCGGCAGAGCCCCACGACGGCCACAGUGAUGACAGUCCUCUGGGAAAGGGUCAGGGCCCCGUGCCCCUUGCCACCACCAACAGCAGCGCCAGCGCGUGGGACACGCUGUGCCUGAGUGCUCAAGACAUCAUGGCUGUGUACGGAAUGUCUGAGCAGGCUGGGGUGACGCCGGACGACUGGGCCCGACUGAGCCCGGCUCUGCUCCAGCAGCAACUGAGCGGGGCCUGCAGCCCCCAGCCCACGCUCCCCACCCAGGAUCAGCUCAGCCAGGCUGAGAGGUACCUGUACGGCUCCCUGGCCACGCUGCUGAUCUGCCUGUGCUCCGUCCUCGGGCUCCUGCUCCUCGUCUGUGCCAGCUGUAGGAUCACCUCCCACUACGUCAUCCAGGCCUUCCUGAGCAUGGCUGUGGGCGCGCUCACCGGCGACGCCCUCCUGCACUUGAUGCCUAAGGUACUGGGGCUGCACGCCCAUGACGGGGAGGACCCUGGGUUCCAGACCACCUGGCACCUCCUAGCUGUGCUGGGCGGGCUGUAUGCCUUCUUCCUGUUCGAGAGCCUCUUCAACCUCUUGCUGCCCCUGGACCCCGAGGACCCAAAGGAUGGGGCCUGCAGCCACGGCCACAGUCACGGCGGCCACAGCCAUGGCGUGUCCCUGCAGCUGGCGCCCAGCGACCGCCGGCAGCCCAAGCAGCUCCAUGAGGGCUCUCGCGCAGACCUGGUGGCGGAGGAGGGCCCCGAGCUGCUGAGCCCGGAGCCCCGGAGGCUGAGCCCAGAGCUGAGACUGCUGCCCUGGGUGAUCACGCUGGGUGACGCCGUGCACAACUUCGCCGACGGGUUGGCCGUGGGAGCCGCCUUUCUGUCCUCCUGGAAGACGGGGCUGGCCACCUCGCUGGCCGUGUUCUGCCACGAGGUGCCGCACGAGCUGGGGGACUUCGCGGCCCUGCUGCACGCGGGGCUGUCGGUGCGCCGCGCGCUGCUCCUGAACUUGGCCUCGGGGCUCACGGCCUUCAUCGGCCUCUAUGUUGCGCUCGCGGCCGGCGUAGGCGAAGACGGCGAGACGUGGAUCCUGGCGGUGGCCGCCGGCCUCUUCCUCUACGUGGCGCUCUGCGACAUGCUCCCGGCCAUGCUGAACGUCCGCGACCGGCGGCCCUGGCUCCUCUUCCUGCUCCACAACGUUGGCCUGCUGGGCGGCUGGACCGUCCUGCUGCUGCUGUCGCUGUAUGAGGAUAACAUCGCCUUCUGA